AUGGUGAAGAGGGUAGGACCUGCUCCUAGGAGUCCAAAACCCAAUCGCCCUCCAUCAUCAACUUCGUUAGAGAAUAUUGAUGGGAGAUAUAGGAUGGUGAAGAGGGUAGGACCUGCUCCUAGGAGUCCAAAACCCAAUCGUCCUCCAUCAUCAACUUCGACAAGGGAUAUUGAUUCAAAAUAUGGGGCACUGAAGAGGCUAGUACCUAGUGGUCCCAAUUCUGACCACUCGCCAUCAUCAAUUUCAAUAGGUUAUUUUGACAUGAGAUAUGGAGGGAUGAAGAGGUUGGUUCCCACUGGUCCAAAUCCUGGCCAACCACCAUCAUCAAUUUCAACGGAUGAUUUUGAUAUGAGAUAUGGACCGAUGAAGAGGUUGGUUCCCACGGGUCCAAAUACUGGUCAACCACCAUCAUCUAUUGUUACGAUGAAGAGGUUGGUUCCUACGGGUCCAAAUCCUGGUCAACCACCGUCAUCAAUUUCAACAGAUGAUUUUGAUAUGAAAUAUGGUGCGAUGAAGAGGUUGGUUCCUAUGGGUCCAAAUCCUGGCCAACCACCAUCAUCAAUUUCAACAUAUAAUUUUGAUAUGAGAUAUGAUGCAAUGAAGAGAUUGGUUCCUACAGGUCCAAAUCCUGGUCAACCACCAUCAUCAAUUGUUGUGAUGAAGAGGUUGGUUCCUACGGGUCCAAAUCCUGGCCAACCACCAUCAUCAAUUUCAACAUAUAAUUUUGAUAUGAGAUAUGAUGCAAUGAAAAGAUUGGUUCCUAUAGGUCCAAAUCCUGGUCAACCACCAUCAUCAAUUUCAACAUAA